UCUGAAUUUGAGGCAGAACUGAAAUCUGCUGGUGAGAAGCUUAUAGUAAUUGAUUUCUCUGCCACAUGGUGUGGACCAUGCAAAAUGAUCAAGCCCUUCUUCCAUAGUUUGUGUGAGAAGUAUGGUGAUGUGGUGUUCAUCGAAAUUGAUGUGGAUGAUGCCCAGGAUGUUGCUACACACUGCGAUGUGAAGUGCAUGCCAACAUUCCAGUUCUACAAGAAUGGAAAGAAGGUGCAGGAGUUCUCUGGGGCCAAUAAAGAGAAACUGGAAGAGACCAUUAAAAGUCUAGUCUAAUCUCCCUCUAUGGAGACACUGAAGCAUGACUGCUUCGGCUAAAUUAUAGCCUGCGACUUUUCUACUUUAAAAAAAAUCUAAACAAGCUAGCUAGGUGAAGUGGUGGAAACUAUCCUCUUGACCUAUGUAAAUGAGUACAAUAAAGUGUAAAUUCUUCACUU